UUCCAUGAAUUUCCUCACCCUGUUGCACAAUAGCUGGGCUGACGCAUAUUAUAAAGAAGAUGAAAGUACUACAGUCUUUCAAUUUGUGAAAUUACAUGCACACUCAGAACAUUUGAUUAGUUGAAUGAAUAAUUCCUAUGACAGAUGCAUUCUGCAACAAUAUGUGCAUGUACUAUAACGUUAUACAUGUAUGACCCCUAUCCUGACACCAGACACACCCAUGUGUAAUGGACCAUACUUUCAGACAGGGCCACAUGACGCAGGUCUACCGUCAUCAUCUCUGUGGUUACCCAUGCAGCGGUAGCCGACUGUAACUUACUUGGUCUGUUCCUGUAUGUUGGAUGUGGAAUAUGUGUGUGUUAGCGGCCAUAGCUGCGGCAGGAUAGAUGCACCAUGAUUACUGUGUGAGGACGGACACACGAGAUGUCAGGCUCUUGUGACACCCUAACACUGCUUACAGCACGGUGGCAACUCCUCACAGUUGUGUUUGCCCUCCUGGUGGCCAGUAUCCAGUCCCAGGCUCCCCUCUGCUACGAUGCGCCGGACAAGUCCUGCGCCUGUCACACCGGGACAGACACAGGUGUGCUCUGUACCACCUGUGUGUGUGAGCACCAAGAUCUCCAACUCGGCACUUUAUGUGCAGGAUGGACCUGCCCUGCCUCGCUGACCCAGACCUCCUGUGUGGAUGACGGCACAGCUGUAGUGAGUGCCUGCACAGUGAGCGCUGUGCUGUUCGAGGGGGUCAGGCCAAGAACAGACAAGAUAGUGUUCCUGGCGGAGUACGGCUUCAAGUUCACCAGCGAUGUGGCAGCGGAAUGCACCAACGGAGACCCAACUAUAGCUCAGCAGUGGACACUGUACAGGCUGGAUGAAGCACAGGUACCACCUGCCCUAACUGUUGAGACAUCUCUUGCCGCUGCAACUGAGUUUGUUGUUGCUGGGAACACAGUGGCUGUUGGCGAAUUUUUAUUGGAGCUAGAAAUGACGGUGACAGAGACCUCAGGUGUGAAGCACACCUACAUCGAACGAACCUGGCUGGCACUGGUGCAGCAGGCACUGGUCGGCUUCAUAUCAGGGGGGACCAGGCAAGUUGUGGCGGCAGACGACUACCUGACUGUAGCCGACGCCUCGCAUGACCCAGAGGACAUCGUGAACAGUGCCUCCUUCACUUACACUUGGUCAUAUGAGGUACUACAGGAAUCAACAAUGGACCCUUGUACUGGAUACCUCUCGCUGACCGACUCUUGGCGUGACUGGAACAAUGGGCUCGGCCAGCAGUGUGAUGGGCUGACUUUUACACCAGGCUGGUAUCGUGUGGAGGGAGCAGCUGGAAACAGUCUGCUGGACCAGGACCCACUCAAUUCGGGAGUGUGUAGUACCACCCUUGGCUGGUACAUGGUGGAGCCCCACCCUGUCCUGUCUCAGGGCCACGUGUGUCGCAGAAUGUGCGGGUACUUUAACGGCGAUCCCUGCUUCCUGAGCAUCGACAUCAUGGCUAAGGCUUGUCCUGGGAAUUACUAUGUCUACUUCCUCCCUUAUGGCCGUUUCUGUGAUACAGCCUACUGUACAAUGACCAAAGCAGUUAUUGAUGUCUCCGGGACCACCACUGAGCCAUCUGUACCUGAAGACCGUGUGUGCCAUCAUUUUGAGUCAGUAGAUAACCAGCGUCGCUUGUUUGGUCUGGAGGGUACGAUCAUCAAGCACACCGUGGAGGUCUCGUACGCGGGUCGCUUGUCUGGAACUUACAUCAUCAUCACAGAGCUGGGACCACUGGGAUCCAGUCUCCAAAUCUAUUGCCGUUGGAACUACGACUCUGCCCGGACGCGGGGCUGGGAUGGUAUUGAUCUAGAGGUGCAGACCACCAUGGCGGGCAGUAUCGUCUGGACCAUGGAAACCUCACCGGCGGGGGCACCUCCGGUCAGCUGGCCUGGGACUGACACCGGGCUUGAACAAGUGUUCCCUCCUGAUACAUUUGUGGUUGCAGGUGAAUACACCGUCCGAGCAACCCUUUUUAACGGUGGUGUAGCAACAGCAUAUUAUGCAGAGUACACCUUCAACAUCAUCACAAAACCCAGCCCUGGCCAGGUCGUUUGUGAGCUGAAACCAAGUGAUCCGAUUCCAUUACUACCAGCCUGCAUUUCUUGUGAAGCAUUCCCGUAUUACUUGCACCCAGUAAACUAUGAGUUUCGGUGGUGGAAAAGUGGCAAGCCAGUGGCAGCUGUCGCCUUCCCAACAGCUCCUGCCAGAGGGACUCCAGCUUUCACAUCUCCUUACAGUGGCCUGAGUCACUACAGUCUGAAUACCCUGCUGCCACCUGGGAGGAUAAGAUUCCGAGUGAAGAUAACAAGCGUGGAUGGAGUAAUAGAUCACGACGAGGAUUUUAGCAUUGUGGUCAACCCACGUAAUACUCCAGCCUCUGUAUGGGCACCACCACUCCUGAAUGGACCAGACAGUGCUUUUCGCAAAAAGCUGAACAGAGGGGACAGGGUUGGUGCAGCUGAGCUGGCAGGGGCCAUCGCUGGGGUGGGGCAAGAACUUGCCAAUACAGACCCGGACGCAGCAACAGAUCUGAUUGCGAAUGUGAUUGAUCAUUUGAACGAGAUUGACACCACAAAUGACCUCGGUGCACAGAGGGCGGUGCUGGCAGCCCUGUCAGAUGCAGCAGGGAAUCCAGACCUGCUCACACCUGCAGCUGCAGUGUCGGCAGCAAACCAGACACUUGCGGUGUUGAGAGGCUUUAGGGACCAGGUGGCUGCAGGGCUGACAACAGUUGCUGAAGUCAACACGGCAUGUGCAGCAGCAUUCGUUGCAAUCGGUGGAUCGUUGAAAGCAGCAGCACGGGCCGCAGCAGAAGAUCACAGCCAGGGACUUGUGUAUUCUGAGAAAAUUCAGGCAAACCAGGAUGUGGCAAAGUCAUCAUUCCGUACCAUUGAUGUGAUGGAUGACAUCUACCUGAACUACAUGAUGACUGCUGAUGACAUCACUGGUCCACCCUGGCCGCCAGCUAUGAUUGCUAUACAACAUCUAGAACUACGGAUACAAAGAGAGACGUGUGGAGAUUCCUCCAACAGUGCAUUUCGUGCAGGGGACAACACCCCCAUCAUCUUCGGUGUGCCUAGUAUAGCUGACAUGACAGACGGAUGUAGCGGAGGUUCUGAAGUGACUGGUGUGAGCGUCUUGCAUGCUGGAUUCAAUCCGUUUGAGUACUCCAACAACUCCCAGCUGGUGAUGGGUGACGUGGUGGGUCUGACGUCCAAGCUGGCUGAAGCUACCAACCACGUGACAGGCCUGGGAACACCUAUUGACAUGAUCUUCAAACGACGGGACAACUUCACUGAUGACAUGAACUUCAGAAGAAGAAGAACUGACGACAUUAUGCUGGGCUGGAACAUCGGUUCAGCAUAUGUCGGCAAUGUGACGGUAGUGCCUUUUUACGUGAGGUACAGUGGCAGCUCACUUCACAUCCAAAUUAGUCACAACUACACGGAUCCCUCGCCGGUUGUCAACCUGUUCCUGAGGAAGGACGCCCCUCCCACCCCCGAGGCGUACAACUGGACGGAAACGACACGGUGA